GGUUGCUGUCGCGGGGUCCUCAUGCCCAGCACCCACGGUGGAGGAGCGGGCUGCAAGAAUUUAAACUGCUCAGAAGUGUAUGGUAGAACUAAAGACGACAACCAAAGGUCAUCAGAAAUUGUGACUGGCUCACUGAUAAUCUCUGGACAAAAUUAGAGACCACUACUCAAACAUAAGUGUCCUAAGAUGUUUGACGUAAAGGCUUGGGCUGAGUAUGUUGUGGAAUGGUCCGCAAAGGACCCUUAUGGUUUCCUUACAACAGUUAUUUUGGCUCUCACCCCACUGUUCCUAGCAAGUGCUGUACUAUCCUGGAAAUUGGCCAAGAUGAUUAAAGCCAGAGAGAAGGAGCAAAAAAAGAAACAAAAAUGACAGUAAAAUAUUGCAAAAGCUAAACGACUAAAAAAGGAUUGAAGAAUGAACAAGCUCUGCAACCAGAGAAUCAUUUGGAAAAUUAUGCAGCUUUGGACUCAUUAAGUGUUUGGAUUUCAUCCUAGGAUUAUUUAGUAAAUUAAAUCUGAUUAUAUAGAAGAAUCAUGUUCUGACCUCAAUAUUAUAGUAACUUUUAAUUUUGUGUGUGAAAGUUUGUUGGUAUCUAUUGACAUUAUAAGUGCAUUGUAUUAAUCUUGGAAAUGCCAAAUCAUAACUGUUCCAAUAUCUGAAAUUUCUUGUGUGCAGACAUGCUUCACAAGUGAAAAUUUCACACCUAACCUUGUAUUGGGUUGUA